UUUCAAGAAUAAAGACACCCUCCUCCCCUUGGAACCUACAACUCUAAGUUCACGUACACCCACGACCACGAAACCGCAAUCAUGAAGAUUCACUACAUCGGCAUAAUCAAGAACGAGAGCAAGCCUUCCCACGAGCUAUGCGCCGAGAAGGACUUAACUGCAUACUCGCGAUUCACUCGUAAUAAUUAUGGCGAAUUCAUGACGCUGUUCAGCAAGACUGUCGCCGAGAGGACUCGACCCGGACAAAGGCAAGAUGUGGAAGAGCAAGAUUAUACCUUCCACGCCUACGGCCGCACCGAAGGUAUCGCGGGUAUAAUCAUAUCAGACCACACCUACCCCGCGCUCGUAGCCCACCAACUUCUCUCCAAAGUUGUCGAUGAGUUCCUGGCAAAACAUCCACGCUCUUCCUGGGCCAACUCUACACCUACCCUCUCUUUCCCCGAACUCAAGGACUAUAUUGUGAAGUAUCAGGAUCCGGCGCAGGCAGACAGUAUCAUGAAGAUUCAGAAGGAGCUCGAUGAGACGAAGAUUGUGCUGCAUAAAACUAUUGAGAGUGUUUUGCAGAGAGGCGAGAAGAUCGAUGAUUUGGUGGCGAAGAGCGAUGGCUUGAGUGCGCAGAGUAAAAUGUUCUAUACACAAGCGAAGAAGCAGAACUCUUGUUGCAUGAUCAUGUAGAGUGGUGUUGGAGGUCUAUGGUUUACGGGCAGGCAGGCAGGCAGGCGUUUUCAUACCUUUACGGGCUGGAUCAGCAUAGCAGUUUUCCGCAGGUUCGUUCAGAUUGUACAUGGGUCGCUCUUUUGGUUCAUAUGUGCCCAAUGACAUUUCGGUAUCCAGAAAUGCAUUCGAGCUUUGAAUAUAAUAUAGGCGUUACGAGAAAGACAUUGGAACCGAGCUGAGA